AUGCCCAUCCGUAUCCGGUUACGCGCGCCCAACGGCACUCACACAGUAUCACUCAACGAUGACGCCGCUGUCUCAGACCUUCUGUCCUCUAUUAGCGAAAAGACGGAACUACCACUGUUCGAGUUGAAAUGGAACCAUCCGCCACAACCGCUCGAUCCUUCGCUGUACGGCAUGUCGACGUUGUUGAAAGACAUCGAUCUCAAGCUAAACGGCGCAUCCAUCAUAGUCAUUGCACAAGCUACGGGCGAUCCAAGUGAGCGUAAGCAAGAGCAAGAACUUCAAGCAUCUACAUCUCAGGCCGCGCCGCUGUCACUCCAACGGAAGCAGAACUCUGCACUCAAGGACACCCCCGAAGUUCCGGUACCCGACCGUGGUGGCACCAUGGUUCUUCGAGUCAUGCCCGAUGAUAACUCUUGCAUGUUUCGAGCAGUCGGUAGCGCUGUCUUGUCCGACUCCCUUGAUUCCAUGACCGAGCUCAGAUCGAUGGUUGCGCAGGCUAUACAGCGAGAUCCAGAGCAGUACAACGAGGCCAUCUUGCAGCGCUCUCCCGAUGAGUAUUGCAAAUGGAUAUCAUACUCUGACUCGUGGGGUGGUGGCAUCGAACUCAGCAUACUGUCUCAGGAGUUCGACAUCGAGAUCGCCAGCGUCAACGUCCAAGACAACCGGGUAGAUCGGUUUAAUGAGGGCAAAUCACGGCGGUGUAUCCUAGUGUAUUCUGGGAUCCACUACGAUACCAUUGCUCUUGUGCCACGCGGUGUGUCACCUCAAGACCCCUCGCAAGAUAUCAAGUUGUUUGACGCAAAGGACGACGUAAUUCUUGAAGCGGCCAGGGAACUCUGUGGGCAGUUGCAGAAAGCACAUUAUUUUACUGAUACACAAAAGUUCGACAUCAAGUGCAACAAGUGCGGCUGGAAGGGGGCUGGAGAACGGGGUGCGAUACAGCACGCAACCGAGACCGGGCAUAGCGACUUUGGCGAGGCGGAUUGA